CAUCAGACUUUCAAAGGGCCUCUAGAAUCCCCCCAAAAGGCUAAAGAUCACAUCUCUGAAGAAAUACAGGCAUCCCUCAGUACCCCGGUGGGUGCCAAACCCACGGAUGGUGAAAUCCUGGGGAUCCGUGGGAGAUGCUGUGACCACGCCGGAGCCUCUCAGCCGCUUGGACCAUGGACUCUGGGGAAUGCACCUGCAUGUCUGGAGGAACCUGCGCCUGCGGAGACAACUGCAAAUGCACAACUUGCAGCUGUAAAACGUGUCGAAAAAGCUGCUGUCCUUGCUGCCCCCCGGGCUGCGCCAAGUGUGCCCGGGGCUGCAUCUGCAAAGGGGCAUCGGACAAAUGCAGCUGCUGCCCCUGAAAUGCAUCUGUCAUGCUGGUGAAAAGGCCCGGGAAGCAUGUGUACAGCACAUUAGCCAAGGAGUUGGAAUGAUUGUACAAUAGGUUGCGCUUUUUAUAUAUUUGCCCACGUUGGGUGUUGGUGACAUUCACAGAAAGUGUUUGGAGCAAUAAAGUUUUCACUUGUGGUUGUC